AUGUCUUUAACUGUACCUACGUUGGAAUCUUUGAGUUCCAUUAAAAAAUUUUAUUCAUUCAAAUAUAUGCUUAAUUCAGAUAUUCAUGAGAAAAUAUUCAAUAAAUUGAAGCUCGAAAAGGUUUACUCAGAUUUUAGCAACAAAGUUGAUGUGAUCGAUUUAUACCCUGGUCCAGCUCAACAGUCAGUAAUGUUCAAUAAUAAAUACAAACCAAGAAAUCAUAUUUUAAUGGAAUCAAGACUUGUUUAUCAUAGACAUCUAAUCAAUAAUUACCAGCAGUCUCCAUUCAUUAUAUAUAAAAAAGAUCCAUACGAAUGGUCUUCUUAUACUGACCUGAUUGAUAAGGAAAAGAUUAUAACGCCAAUAAAACAAGACCGUACUCAUGUCAAUGACAGUUUAUUGCUAAUUGCAAAUCUAACGAAUCCAAAUUCAGAAGCUUUAAUGAUGCAAUGGCUAAGUUGUGUCGGUAAUGGAAACUGGUUACAAAGAUUUGGAUUGGUUAAAAUGUUAAUAUGGUUGCCAACAUCAACUGCGAUUAAAUUACUUGCAUGUCCGACUGAUAAAAGUAGGUCUAAAUGUUCACUUUUGACGGAAGCCCUAACUGAUACAAAUUUAGUUGCGACAAUGAAUUCCAAAGAUAUCAAUUUAUUCAACAAGAAAAUAAUUGAUAAAUGUGAUCCAAUUCUAUUUGAUUCAAAAGAUGUCUUACCAGAUAAAAGUUGUUCUAUAUCAUUACUUGAGGUCACUCCAAAACAAACCACUAUUGAUUUCGAUUAUUGGGAUUAUGUCACAAAACAUUUGAUGAUUUUAAAAGGCACUACUCUUCGCAAUUGUGUCGAAUCUUUGGGGCAUGGUGCAAGAGAUUAUUUUGAGAGAGCCAUAAAAGAUCAAUCGAUGUUAGAUAGGUGUCCAGGUGAAUUAACAAUUGAAGAGAUAAAUUAUUUGGUAGAUUUAUUCUAUAAAUGGCCUUAUAAACCGGAUAUCUAUAUGGAUUUUAUCGAUAUAUUUCAAGAUAGUAAUAGUUAA